UAAAUAGUAUAUUGUGGUACCUAGGUAGUAUCGAUUUCCGUGAUUCCUGUGGGAAAUAAAUAAUGUCUAUUCCGUAUAGCGGUACAAUUAGAAGAUCCAAAGGUGUUGUUUCAGCCAUUGGAAAACAACUAAAAGCAGUUAAUUUAAAGGCUGCUAAAAAAAUUACCAUAAAAUUUGAUCCAUUUGGAGAAAACGCAACUCACACAAGGAAUUUUGCUCAUUACAUCAGUGCACCUAAAAUAGCAAUCACAAAUCCCAAUUGCUCUGUGAAGACCGAAGUGUUGUGUGACAGGAGUGAGCCAACAGUAGAAAUAACACUUUUGCCUGCAAUUGCAGCAACUGCAAAAAUACAGAAAGUGACUUUAAGAAGUGAGAAUCUUACUUGUCUUGAAAUUCUCCAAUUAUUGAAUAAGCACAUUUCUUCUUUAGCACCUGUAGAACUACCACCAACUACACUACAAACUAAGUCAGAUAAAAAGAAGACAAAAACAAAAUAAAAGCAGAGAUGGCAAAACCUAAAGGAAA